AUGCCGACACAACAGUUCUACCUGUCCGGAGAGCCCAUCUCCUCUGCCAGGACAAUCGAGCUCGAUGGGAUGCAGAGCCUGGAUGACCUCCGGAAUCUGAUCGCUGCUCACUUUGCCAUUGUCGAGCCCAGCGGCAUCGACUUCCAAGGACGAGACACCUGCCUCACAGACAUCCCCGAGAUCACCUCCUCGGCCUCCCCCGUGGCCAUCACCGUCGAUGGCCAUGCCGUGCGUGACGUGCCCUCUCCCGCCCCGCUACCCCUGGUCGGCAACUUCUUCCAAGUCUUCCCAGACCAUCUGGGCAACCACCAGCGUCUCUUCGAGCAGUUCGGCCCGCUGAUCAAGACCACCACGCUCGGCCGCACCGUCUACCAGACCAACGACCCGGCCAUAUCCGCCAUCGUGCUCAACGAGAGCGACUUCUUCACCAAGAAGAUCAACGAGGCCCACCCGCUGUACUCGCUGCGGACGCCCGUGGCGGGGAUCUUCCUCGGCGACACCGACACGCCCGAGUGGCGCGUCGCGCACAAGUUCAUCCCGCCGGCGCUGGGGCCCAAGGCAGUGCGCCACUAUGCGCCCACCAUGCAGAAGACGGUCGAGGAUGCGUGUCAGGUGUUUGAUGAGCUGGAUGAGCGCGGCGAGGCGUGGAACGUGUAUCAGUUCAUGCUCAAGCUGGGCUCGCAGGCCGUGGGCAAGCUGACGCUGGGACUGGACUUUCAGCAUUUCACGGACGUGGACGCCCCGAUCCAUGAGAUGGUGCAUGCGAUUGCGGAGGUGCUGAGUCUCAACAAGAAGGUCACCUCCAAGGGCGACUGGUAUGCGAACCUGCCAUUUGGGGAUCCCAAGCGGUUGAAGAUGCUUAAGGCGCGCAUCGAGCAGAUGGUCGAGGAAUCGAUUGAGAAUGCGGGCCGUGGGGGAGUGGAAGACCUGCCGCUACAGGAUGCAGCGUUGCGGGCUUCCAACAUGGUUGACUACGCCAUCCGCGCCACAGACAACAAGGGCGAGAAACUGCCCAAAUCCAGCCUCAUCUGGGCGCUGGUCGUCGCCGCCGCCGCCGGCUUCACCACGACCUCCUCGCUGCUCUCCUGGCUCAUCUACGGCCUCGUCACUUACCCGGGCAUGCAGGACCGGCUGCUGCAGGAACUGAUCGACCACGGCUUCACCGACGACACCGAAAUCACCGCCGACUUUACCGACCAGCUGCCCUUCCUCGACAAGUACAUCAAGGAGACGCAGCGCCGCCACAACCCGUCCUUCCAGCCCGGCCGCACCGCCAAGGUCGACCUCGUCCUGCCCGGCGGGUAUAGGAUCCCCAAGGACGCCGUCGUCAUCCCCGCCCUGCACCACAUCCACAAUAACCCGGCCGUGUGGGAUAACCCGGCGCGCUUCGACCCGGACCGCUGGGACACGGACGAGGUCAAGAAGCGGCACAAGGCCGCGUAUAUCCCGUUUCCGACGGGUCCGCGCAUGUGUAUCGGAUUCAACUUCGCCCUGCAGGAGGUCAAGGUUUUCCUGCCCAAGCUGAUCUACAAGUACAAGUUCAGUAGGGAGGGGGAUGGGCCGAUCGAGUACGACCCCAUGUUCCAGCUGAUCCGGCCGAACAACCUGUAUGUGCGGGCGGAGAAACGGGUCAAGUGGCCGCCAAAGUCGGAGUGA